UAGCGCCCCGCCCACUGGUGCUCCCACUGGCUUCUCAUAAACUUGGACGCGUCCUGCUAAACGAUGACCAAACGGCACCAAAGAUCACGAGCGAGCCAUCGUGUCGCGUCAACGCACAUUGGAUAGGCUGACUUUUAUUUUACAGUAAGAAAGUCCAGUCUGCCUGUUCAACACCUCACAGAGGAGAGGGAAGAAGAUCGGAGGCGUCCUGUACAAGCUCCCCAAGAUAUCCCAAUACCAGGAGGAAUAUUAACUAUCGCGAGGUAAAGAUUCCACGAGUCCAAGAGGAAUGAUCAUGCGGAGAAGUAGCACGUCCCGGGACAUUAUCGUCUUAUUGUUUUUCAUGCUGCGCGCUCCCGGCGCACACUGCGCGCUCCCUUCCACCCCGAUGGCCAGCGUGCAUCCUCAGGACCCAGCCCUUCGGAUCGGCGCCAGCUUGACGGCCACGUGUUCUGUCGGCACCGACCACGGCCUGCAUGCCGGCUCGCUCUACUGGACGUUGAACGGUCGACGGCUUCCCAGCAACACCUACAGCGUGCUCAGUCCCAGUGUCCUCAGCGUCACUUUGAGCAACCUGAGCGGCUCGCGUCAGCGUUCGGGAGACAACCUGGUGUGUCACAGUGGCGGGGGGCACGUGCUCGCCGGGUCCUGUCUCUACGUGGGCAUGCCACCUGAGAAACCCGUAAACCUUACAUGCUGGUCGAGAAACACCAAAGAUCUCACCUGCAAAUGGGCUCCUGGGGGUCAAGGCGAGACCUUCAUUAAGACCAAAUACACACUCAAAUACAAGUUGAAGUGGUACGGCCAGGAAAAAGAGUGCGAAGACUACAGCGGCGGGCAGCCGUACACGUGCUACAUCCCACGCGACCUCGCCCUCUUCACGCCCUACGAAAUCUGGGUGGAGGCCUCCAACCAGCUCGGGAGUGCCAUCUCCGACGUCAUCAACCUGGAUAUUCUAGACGUGGUGACGACGGAUCCUCCGGCCGACGUUUACGUGAGCCGAGUGGGCGAUCUGGACGAUCAGCUGACCGUACGCUGGGGAACCCCGCCUGCCCUAAAGGACUAUCUCUUCCAGGCCAAGUACCAGAUCCGCUACAGGCUCGAAGACAGCACAGAGUGGAAGGUGGUGGAUGACAUGGGAAACCAGACGUCCUGCAGGUUGGCAGGGCUCAGGCCGGGGACCGUGUACUUUGUGCAGGUGCGAUGUAACCCAGUGGGCAUCCUGGGAUCCAGGAAGGCAGGCAUCUGGAGUGACUGGAGUCAUCCAACGGCAGCGUCCACGCCACACAGCGAGCGCUCAAUUGCAGGUUCGUGUGACUCCAAAGCGGCCCGACAGAACUCGACACUACGUCAGGACCUGAAGCAGUUCUUCAGCUGGGUGCGCAAGCGUGUUUCCGACUGCAGUGCCAUGAGCAUCAAACAGUAUGACCAGUGGCGCGUCUGGCUGCAAAAGUCUCACAAAACCCGGAACCAGGUUCUUCAAGGAGAUAAAUCGUAGCAAUGUCAAACCCCUGGCUGCUGGAACAAGAUGGGGGAAUGGGGGAUGCAGGAGGGAGGAGGGAGGAUAAGGGACAGCUAGCUUUCUUUUAUUUGCCAUGCUGGCUGUUAUUCCUGCUGCAGAAAGACUUGAAAAGGAGCAACCUGGGAUUUCAAAUCCACUGGACACUUUAUUAAAAAAGUGCCUCUAUUGAUUUUUUUUUUGGUCCGUACAGGAAACUAGAGUUAUUUUCUUUGUUUUUUUUUUAAAUGUUCAAUUGAUACCCAUGACAGAUGUGGAGGAUAUCUUGGGUUGGGAUUUGCACAUUUUGUUCCGAUGAGGACGUCACACGACCGUGAAUUUCAUUGAGUUUUCUGUGAUAUUAUGACAUCACAGAAUCCUGAAAUAUGCAAAUGAGCACCUUUAUCCAGUGCCUUAAUGUUUUAUUACAUGCUGUUGUGUGCUAAAAGCUCCAGAUUUGAGAUUUAAUGGCAGGAUUCACACGAGCCAGCCUUCUUCUAAGCAGCACAGGCCAAAUAGUAAUGUUAGUAAUGUUAUAUCAAAAAGUUGUGUCAGAAUAUGUUUUUUUUGGUUAGUUUUUUGCUAAAAUUGUCUUAUUGAGUGUCCACUCUUACCAAAGAUACCCGUACACUAGGUGUGGGUGAUAUAGCAGGAAUAUCACAUCAUGAUCUUUAAAAAUCUACUCACAAAAUAUACCAUUCCACCUCUUUCACCUAUUUUUUUUUUACAUGGUGAAAGGUGAAUAUAGUGUAGCUUAAAAGCUUUACUUUUUCAAAAAAGGUUAUUAUCGUUCAGUUAUUUACAUUAAAAGAUUCAUAUAUGUAUUUGCCCAAUAAAAAAGGUACAAAAACAAAAACAAAAUGUAAAAGAGCAGAAAUGGUAAAAAUGGUAAAAAAAUGUUAACAAUUUUAACAUCCAUUUGUUACUAUGUAACUACUGACGAUAUUCCCGAAAAUGAUGUAUCGUGAUAUCAUCUAACAACAUGAUCAAGGAUUCAUGAGUGUUCCAGGUCUUUAUGUGCAUUACGAAAGGAUUACUUCUCAGAUGACCUCAUUCAUUCAAGUUAGAAUAUAUAUAUAUAUAUAUAUAUAUAUAUAUAUAUUGUUGUUGUUUCUUUUCAACCAAUUUACUGUCUAUUUUUGGUGUUUUUUCAACCAAAAUUUAAAAUAUUUUCCAAAAAUUACUUAUUUCCCAAUUUCAGUAUGUAGCAAUAAAAAUCAGUGUGAUAUUUUGUCAAUAUUGUGAAAUCCAUCUUGCAAAAAAAACCCGUAGAAUAUUCAAAACUGCUUCUUCAUACCAAAUCACCGUUCUGGACUAAAAGAGAUGAGAAAUUCCACCUGUCAUUAUCAAAGCGUUAAAACAUUUACUUCUGUCGUGGCGGGACUCCAGAUAAACUUCGAAAAGUUUACCUUUGCAAGAUGCAGAAUCCACGACUGACCAGGUGACCAUUCUGUUCAUUCAACGGUGGAAUAAUCCUCCUACUGUUUUUGCCCUCAUGGCUGGAAUUCCAAAGAACACCCCCACAAAAAACUGCAAUCGAACUCUGUGGCAUCAGGACUGUUAGAAAAUAAUUGUAUGUAUGUUUAUACAAUUGUACUGCUUUUUAUUUUUGUACUGAAUUGUAUCAGCGUAUUUAAAAAAGUGUAAAGUUUCAGGCUCUUAAGUUAUAAGUAGGUAGUUUGUGAUAUGACUGACUGAAUUAUUAAACUGUAAUAUUGAACAUCA